GACAUUGACAGAUCGGUUAAAACUACCAAAACAUUGCGAAAACUUCAAAAUAAUGGGAUUAGGUUAGAAAAGUUGAUUAAAGAGCAGUAAUAACUCGCUAAAUUAAAUAAAAUCGCAAUGGACGAGUUCUUAUCAUCAACCUUAAUGAAAUUGAACAACAACAAUUUUAACGAGUUAAACCUUAUUAUCGGUAACGAGAGCUGUGACUUAGACUCAGCUAUAAGCGCUAUUGUCUAUGCUACUUAUUUAUUCUGGCAGCACAACCAAGUUAAGUGUAAAGUUUGUACCAAAGCGUACCGAGAUGGUACGUUGGUAAAAGAUGACGUAUUUGUACCGAUAUUGAAUGUGGACAGAGCUGAUUAUGAGUUGAAGACCGAAGUAGCAUAUUUGUUGAAAAAGAAAGGAAUUUCUGUCAGUAAUUUAGUAUUUAGAGAUGAUAACAACUUGCAAGAGUUGUUAAAUAAUUCUAAAUCUAAAGUGGUGCUUGUAGAUCAUCAUGUUUUAGCCAAAAAGGAUGAAUUUCUAGCUCCGUUUGUUACUGAAAUUAUUGAUCACAGGCCACUAGACAAAUCAAAAUGGACCUACAAAGAAGACACCAGAUCCACAAUAGAAAUAGUUGGAUCCUGUGCCACGCUAGUCGCGCAGAGGAUCAAAGAUCUGAGCAGUUUGGUGGCCAAGGAUGUCGACUUCUUUAAAGCUUACCCUGUUUGUGGGGAGUUUUUGCAUGCUACCAUCAUAUUGGACACGGUGAAUUUCUCCAAAGAGGUGAACAAGGCAACUCCCCAUGAUGAGGAAAUUAUUCAGUUUCUGGAAAGUGUUAUCAAACCUGCUGAUUAUAAAGCUGAAAGACAACGUAUCUUAGACACUUUGGUAGAAGCAAGGAAGGAUGUAUCAAAUCUUUCAGCCGCACAGUUAUUGAGGAAAGAUGUGAAAAUUGUCGGCAAUGUGCUCGUACCCAGCUUUCCUAUACUUGUAAAGGAGUUCCUAGACAGGCCGUCUGCCCUGGAGGCCGUGACCGAAGCCCUAAGCCGCAACAACUGUGAUAUAGCACUGCUGUUAGGCAUGGACCUCACUGCAGGCCUGAAAAGGGAUACAGCCUUAUACUCCCCGAAGAGUCCUGAAAAAGCUGUGAAGCUAGGAGAACACCUAUUACAAUGGCGCAGCCCAGACUUACAGCUUCAGGCAGAUAAAGCAUCCUGCAUUUACUAUCAUCAACUGAAUCUUUCAGCUAGUCGCAAACAAUAUAUACCUCCUGUCACCCAAUGGAUCCAAACUUCUACUAAAUAAGAGGCUGACAGCACCCAAAAUACGUACGAAAGAGAAGUCUGAUAACGCGACGUUCGUAACAUAAUAUAAAUAAUUAGCUAUUAAAUGAGUUGAGUAAUCUAUA